GAAGCACAACACCUGCCACUGCUGAUUUGAUUUUCGCGCUCUAGCAGCCAGCCAUGUCCAAGGUCUUCACCAUGUCCCUCUCCCUGCUUAACAGGAUCCUCGUCAGGAGGCUCAACUCCCUCAUCGUCCGCGCACAGCCGCCGCCACCGGCGAGGCCACACGGGCUCGCGGCGACGCUGGACGCGCUCCCGGCGGGCGGCUUUGCCGUGUGCAAGGUGGAGGGCGGCCUGCUCAUGUCGUCCUCCACCUUCCCUUACUUCAUGCUCGUGGCCCUGGAAGCAGGAGGCCUCCUCAGGGCGCUCCUUCUGCUGCUGCUCUACCCUGUACUACGCCUGCUUAGCCACGAUCGAGCCGUCAAGGUCAUGGCCAUGGUUAGCUUCUUCGGUCUCCGGAAGGACGUCGCGUUCCGUGCGGGCAGGGUGGUGCUGCCCAAGCUGCUCCUGGAGGACGUGAGCGCCGAGGUGUUCGACGCGGCGGUGGUGUCGCGCCGGCGGUGCGUGUGCGUGAGCGCCAUGCCGAGGGCGAUGGUGGAACCAUUCUUGAAAGAGUACCUCGGCAUCGACGCCGUCAUAGUGCCGGAGAUGAGGGAGUUCAGGGGGCAACGGGGGUACUACCUGGGCGUCAUGGAGGAGGAAGGCGAGGUGUUGCAAAGGCUGGACGUGGAGGAGGUGAUCGCCAGAGAGAUCAAGGGUGGUGGUAGUUGUGACGUCGUUGGCAUUGGUGGCCUCUGGUCCGCGUUUGACCAGCUCUUCCAAAAGCAUUGCAAGGAGGUGUACAGGACGACCGAGUCCGCGUGGAAGCAAUGGCACCCGCUCCCGCGCCGGCGCUACCCGAAGCCCCUCAUCUUCCACGACGGUCGCAUCGCCUUCCGGCCGACGCCUGCCGCGACGCUCGCCAUGUUCAUGUGGUUGCCCUUGGGCGCGGCUCUCGCCGUCGCUCGCACCGCCGCCUUCCUGCUGCUCCCGUUCUCCCUCUCCGUGCCCCUCCUCGCCGCCCUCGGCAUGCACAGCCGCCUCAUCGCCAACCCCUCCUCGGCGACCACUGACCUCUUCGCCUGCAACCAUCGGUCCCUGCUCGACCCGCUCUACGUCGCCGCCACCGCCGGCCGCGCGGACCUCGCCGCCGCAACGUACAGCAUCAGCUGCCUGUCGGAGAAUCUGUCUCCCAUCCCAACCUUCCGCCUGACCCGAGACCGCGCGGCGGACCGUGCGGCCAUGCAGUCGAGGCUGUCGCGCCCCGGCGGCGGCGGAAGCGGGCUGGUCGUCUGCCCCGAGGGCACCACCUGCCGCGAGCCGUUCCUGCUGCGGUUCAGCCCGCUGUUCGCCGAGCUCGGCCGCCACGUGGCGCCCGUGGCGCUGCACUCGGCGGUGGGCAUGUUCCACGGCACGACGGCGGGGGGCUGGAAGGCGCUGGACCCCCUGUUCUUGCUCAUGAACCCCGUGCCGGCCUACAUCGUGCAGUUCCUGGACCCCGUCGAGUGCGCCGGUGCCGGUGACUGCCCGGAGGCGGCGCGCGCCGUGGCGAAUGAGGUUCAGCGGCGGAUCGCCGAGGCACUGGGGCACACGUGCACGGGGCUGACGAGGAGGGACAAGUACCUCAUGCUCGCCGGCAACGAAGGGCUCGUCGGCGUCAAUCACGGCGCCAAGAAGAACACUACUUGUCUUAGCUAGUUGUAACUGCAAGUUUACCGAAGGAUACAAAAUAUAUAUUAUAGGCUCUUUGUGUUGUUCUGUGUAAUUUAGUUUGUUAUUUAAAUUAGAUAUACGAUUUAGUAAAUAUUUAAGGUGUGCAAAAAAUCGCACGCAUGUAAUUGUAAACUGUAACAGAUGUGCUUUUGACUUUAUAAGAUGUGAGUUCGAUCACGUGGUUAUAUAUACAU